CGAAACUGUCAGUCGAACUGUUCCAAAUGUUCCAUUAUUAUUUUAUUUAUGUCAAAAUAAAAAAGUGAUUUUAAUUUGUGAAAUCUAUAAAUUAUUAAAUUGCAGUACAAAGAGCAGGGUAACUGAUUCAGCGAACGCUGAAUCUGAAACAUACUUCUGUAGAUUUUCUUAUUAGUGUUAGUUCAAAUGUGCAAAUGAACAGCGCAAAAUAAUGGGUUGCCUUUCGUGGAUUCGAGAAUUUAAAAUGCCCUUUUCUUUUAAGGACAAAGAGUUAAAUAAAAUUGCAGCAUUCUUCAACAUCACUUCUUUUCUGCUAACCUGUGCAGCUUUAGUACAACCCAGCUGGUUCCGUAUUAGAGGACUUCAUUGUACACAGAGUUUGGCAUUAACUCAGUUUUUUUCAUUUGAUGGUGAUGACGACUUAGGUGAAGAUGAUCAGAUAAAUAUACAUCAAGAUAGCAUUUUUAACCAAAAAAUUGAGUUUGAUAAAAGUCUCCCUCCAUGUAAAACUGCAGCAACUAUAACACUUAUGCGAGUACUUAUUUUACUGUGUUUCAUGGUGCUACUGUGUUCAUGUAUUGGUGCAAUCAUCAAUAUUACAAGCUUUAAUAGUAAAGCUAUAAAAUUGUUGAGAAGAAACGCCAUUCCAAGCAUACUGUGUGUAUUCUGGGUGAUAGCCAUUGUCGGUGUUUGUUAUUAUACAACUGUUCUGCUGGGAAAUACAAAUAACAGUGAUCCGAACAUGAUACAAGUCGAUUAUGAAUAUGGAUUUUAUACUAUUACUGCAGCAGGUGCUAUGGCCUUAUUAGCUUCAGCAGCUAAUUUAUGGGGUGCACCUUUAUCUAGUGAUGAAGAUAUCCAAAGACGGAAUUUAAUGGAAGACUGGGAUGGAUAUGAAGCUCACAGUGUUGGCCCCACUCCUGCUGUACCAACCUUACCUCCUUAUACUCCAAGUCCAGACUACGUACACAUAUUGUCAACUGCAUAUGCACCUCCAGUACUGGGAAGUCAACAAUAUUUUCCAUUCGAUGAUCUCUCUGUACUUCCUCCUCCACCACCUUACACACCAUAAACGUUAAUGUAAUUGUGAUAAAUCACUAGUUACAGAUAAAUGUUUGUUCGUUCAACAUACUAAAUGUAUAUUUAGAUUA